GCUGUGGUCAUACGAAUGCUGAGCUCUGUGGUGACAAAUGAAAGUGCGUUGUUUACAUUUCCAAUUCACAGAAUCGAGCCGUUUACCUUACCCUAAAGCUACCACAGUAGAAGGAAGACGUGUUUUAAGUGUCAAGGAACUUGGAAAUCAGUCAAAGAAACGGAAAACUCGUCGUCAAGUUGACCUAGUGUUGUGUAAAGGUGGUGUGACACUCGGUGAUGGCAUCAGCUGGAGCCACUUCAAUGAGAGCUCUGACCAUGGAGUUCAAGGCUUUGGAGAGAGAACCAGUGGAAGGGUUUCUAGUGACCAUACCUGAUGAGACUGACUUUUAUACAUGGCAAGUGGCGAUUUUUGGGCCUCCGGAAACACCGUACGAAGGUGGUUAUUUCAAGGCUGAAGUAAAGUUCCCGUUAGAUUAUCCAUACUCUCCCCCACGACUACGAUUCCUCACACCAAUCUUACAUCCAAACGUAUAUCAGGAUGGAGAGCUGUGUAUAUCCAUCCUCCACCCGCCCGGAGAGGACCCCCACAGUGGUGAACUACCCGCUGAAAGAUGGAAUCCAACACAAAGCGUCAGAACAAUAUUACUGAGUGUUAUAUCACUAUUGAACGAGCCCAAUAUAUCAUCUGCUGCUAAUGUGGACGCUAGUGUCCUGUAUAGAAAGUGGAGAGAAAGCAGAGGAAAGGACAAACAGUUUGUCGAAGUGAUAAAGAAACAAGUUGAUAGCUCGAGAAGAGAAGCUGAGGCAGAUGGUAUAAAGGUUCCCACGACACUGGCAGAGUAUUGCCACCAGCACAAGCAACCACCAAGCUCUACAUCUAGCUAUGACAUAACUGAUGAUUUGUACGAUGGAGACGAUUAUUAUGAGGACAGUUCUGAUAAUGAGGAAAUGGUUGACAGUAGCUCAGACUGUGAACGAGAGGACUUAGGAGCUGAGGAUAGUGGCAUGGCAUAGCAUUGGCAUUAGAUUUAUUAUUGUAUGUAUACUCACUUCUAGAGCAUGUACAUGUAACGUGUAUGUGUGCUGCAAUGCUGUCAUAUCAUGAUUAUGCUACAUUUCUGUGUGUUUGGUAAUGGUCGUUUUGAUGUUAGAAA